AUCGACGCUUCGCAAAAACACAAGAAUAACGUGGAAAAACUUGAAAGAACGCUAAAUAUCAUGAAAGAAAACAAACAUGAUUUAUCGGCCGAAGAGAAACGUUCAAUGUCUGUUAAUCAAGAGUUCAUGCAGUUCAUUGAGAAAUGGAGGAAUUCGCGCGGAGAAAGUAUUGAUUAUGAAAUGCUGCACUCCGCUGGGAUGACAACUAAUCUUCCUGUCCAUCACACUGAUGAACGAGACAUUUUGCAAAUGAUCAAGAACAUGGAACAUCUUUUACAUUCAAUCCCGAAACCCACUGUAGUAACAGUCGCAAGGUCUUCCGAUGAUGACUACACCCCUCCGAGCUCUGUGGAUUUCAUUCAAACCUGGCUGAUCAAGUGUCUUGAGAAUUGCUUCGGAGAGAGUAUCGAGUUCUUUUACGAAUACAGAGAUGAGUAAUCCACUAUCCAGGUGCGGCGCCCAGUGGGAACACUUUAUAUAUAUAGAAUCAAGAUGAAAACAAUUUCUCUCCUAGCAACGCUUAUCUGGAACAGGUCAAUAUAAUAUACCCACCCGUUAUCCAACUGAACUUCUAGCCAUUAUGUAAUUCAUCAUUUAUGGUUAUUCAUUUCCUUAAUUGAGAAUUUGUCGUUUUCAAAGAAAGUAAACAUUAACAUAUUAGCAUAGAGAUACUAAACCAUCAGGCUGGCUAUACGAAGUGGCUCCUAUUGCCAUGAAAUUUAGUGUGUUGUGCCUUACAGACACGUUACUCUGAACCCUCAUGAUGACUCCUUAUCUGAUCAGUUAUAUUGCUCACUUGUAAACAGACUUUUAUGGUAAUAAUUUAUGUCAACAUCGUCGAUUCCUGCAUAUCACGCGGGAGUUUACUUCACAGUUUCACGUCUCUGCAUGAUGUUAUUCAUCUUUCAUAAUCAAGCACUCGAGAAACGGAACUAAAAUAUUGUGUUCUGUGAAACUUGGCUUUGUUGUUACGUUCGUUUUAUUUCUCCCACACUUAAUCAUUGUUACACACGCGUUUAUUAUGGUACACACACGUUUAUUAUGGUACACACACUAUUAUUGUUUCACUUAAACCAUAUGAUCGUUGAUUGAUUGAUGUCAAUGUAAGAGGAUGGUGACUUCUGUCAGUUUGACCUACUUCAAAAUGUGGAAUCUGGUGAUGAAACUGUUUUCUGAAAGAGAUAUGACGGUGAAUCGACUAAGAGAAUCGAUUGCUUUGCUCACAGAAAAGUCUGAUGGCAUUGUGCACUCGUUCAAGCGAAGACUAUCGUCCGCAAAAAGCGACGAGGAUGAAAAAUGGGAUCUUGGUCACUUUGAAAAGCUGAUAAAUCUAGAGGCGUCUGUCAGCGAGGCUCGGUCGUGUAGGUUUUCACUAUUGCUAUUAGAGCCAGCAGAAAUAUACUUUGAAGAUUUUAGUGUAUUUUAUUACCCUGUUGGCACAACAGAAGAUGAAGCAGUUAAAAGAAAACAAAGAGGUCGUUUAAAACUCUGUUCUCAUUCGGUCCUCUUUGACCCCCUGGAUACAGCCUACCCCAUUUUAAAGUUCCCUUUUAAAGAUAUAAAGUCCAUGAAACCUUGGACAGGACCACUUCUGUCCAGAAUUGACUCAAAAGGAAAUGUUCUUUCUGUUGAAACAAGUUUGGUUGUAAAGAUGAAAGAGGGCAACACCAUUGCACCAUAUGUAUUUAUCCGAGAAAAGACUCAACAAUAUUUAUUUUCUUUUAACUUCAUUCCACUAAGCAGCAUCAUUAAUCAGUUACAGCAGUUACUCAGGGCUGCUUCAUUGCCGUUCUCAGAACACUCAACAAUGAUUGAGACCAUUGUAAAGUCAAGACAGUCAAAAAUAAGCUUCAAUACGAGUUGGCUGGAGGAUUUGUUUGAGAAGAUUGUUUUGGAAACAACGGCCGAGCGAAUCACGCCACUCGUCGUUAACCCAGGACGAAUAUUAUUAACCUCCGCGAGAAUAUAUUUUCAACCAUUUAACAAUGUUGAACCGUUUCCAGUGAUGAAAUGCAAACUGUGUUCAGUAAGAAGAGUCGUAAAAAGAAGAUAUCUUUUAAGACAUGUUGGCGUGGAGAUAUUUUCAGAAGAUCAAGCACAUAUGCUUCUGGUAUUUCCGUCACAAAAGGACCGAGACAAAUUUUACGAUUUAGUUCUGCAACAACCAGCUUUGGAACUUCAAGACACGGGUCAGGAAAACAUGACACUAAAAUGGCAGAACGGUGUUAUUUCAAACUUCGAUUAUCUCAUGUAUUUAAACAGCCUAGCGGAUCGUAGCUUCAACGAUCUAACCCAGUACCCAGUCUUCCCCUGGGUUAUUGCGGAUUACAAAAGUAAAGAUUUAGAUCUGAACAACCCGAAAACGUUCCGUGAUUUCACAAAGCCAAUCGGUGCUCUGAACGAAACUCGUUUAAAACAAUUGAAGGACCGCUGCAAAGAUAUGGCUGAGCCAAAGUUCCUCUAUGGGAGUCAUUAUUCAACACCUGGAUAUGUGCUUUAUUACUUAGCACGUGUUGCUCCUGAAUAUCUUCUUUGUCUACAAGGGGGAAAAUUUGAUCAGCCUGAUCGACUGUUCAACAGUGUUGGUGCAACGUGGAAGAAUGUUCUUGCUGGUCAUGCUGAUGUUAAAGAGUUAAUUCCUGAGUUCUAUCAAUCGUCUGGCGAGUUUUUGGUCAACAGACUAAAUCUUCCUCUUGGAGUAAAACAAGAUAAAACGCAAGUUCAUGACGUAGAACUUCCCGCUUGGGCUAGUGGUCCAAAAGAUUUCAUCAGGAAAUGCCGUGAAGCACUCGAGUGUCCUUAUGUAUCCGACAACAUUCAUGACUGGAUCGACUUGAUAUUUGGGUACAAGCAACAGGGCGAGGAAGCAUGGAAGGCUAAUAACGUGUUUUAUUACCUUACAUACGAAGGCGCGGUUGAUUUAGACAGUAUAACAGAUCCGAACGAAAGAGCGUCGCUUGAAUCCCAAAUUCUCGAAUUUGGUCAAACUCCAAAACAACUCUUCACCAGCCCCCAUCCGAGACGAAGUGGUGCUAGGAUUUCAACUAGUUUGGACAUGCGAAAGUUCGAACCCUUUUUAAUGGAAGAUGUGGAUCAGGAAGUCACUGUCACGGACACAAAUGUCAGCUUGGAUGAACAGCCCGGGUCGCCUCACUGGAGCAUGUUUGAGAAACUGCAAAACGACUCAAGUCAUCGCUUGCAUAAAGAAAAUUCUAACGCUCGUAUGGAAAUGAAAUUAAAUAAUUUUGUCCUGAGCCGGCACAAAAGUUGUGUGACUUCGGUCCGUCUGUCACUUGAUGGAAAAAGCGUUUUUUCUGUUUCCCAAGAUACCCAAUUAAAAAUGUUCAGCCUAAACGACAAGCAACAAGUACGAAGUAUCAACCUUUCCUCUAUGGCUUUAUCGUCCUGUGCUAUUAUGCCUGACUCAAAGACGAUUGUUGUUGGAUCAUGGGACAACAAUAUCUAUAUUUAUUCCGUUGAAUAUGGUAGAGUGACGGACACAGUUCGUGGCCACGACGAUGCAAUUUCAUGUUUAUGUUGGAACGAUGGUAUACUGGUCACCGCUUCAUGGGACUCCACUGUUAAGGUGUGGAAAUUUGUGCCAGAAUGUGGAGGGAAAAAGGCAUCUUCGCCUGAACUUUUAACAGAACUUGAUCACGAUACUGAGGUCAACUCUGUAGAUCUUCAUCCAACGAAUACGCUGGUGGUUACCGGGACAACCGAUGGCCACGUAUUGCUGUGGAACAUUGAUAAACGUAUCAUCAUUAAUGAACACGAAGUUCACGGAAGUACAGUCCAUACGGUGGCUUUUAGUCCUGAUGGUCAGCGGAUAUUGUCUUGCGGCGCAGACCAAUGCAUCCGCGUCCUUGACGUGCAGACUGGAACCGAGUUAUAUUUGAAAGAUCUUGAUGACGAAAUAAGAUGCGCGGUCUGGGAUGGUCAACUUGUCAUGGCAGGGGGAAGCUCUGGUCAGUUGCACAUCUGGAAUUUGUUAAACGACCAGGAAGUGCAGAGAGUUGAAGGACAUCAAGGUCCCAUUCGUUGCGUGGAUGUCUCGCGGGACGGGCUGACUGUCGCGACCGGAGGGGAAGAUAAUCAGGUUAUAUUGUGGAAGAUAGCUGUUUGAAUAUUAGAUCAGUCGUUGGACAGAGCAAUCACAAGCAAGGGCGUCUCGCGUGGAGAGCGUCUCUUCUGUGAACUCUGAAAUAACCAAUAUAUUCGAGCCAUUACCUCCUUAAGAUCAACCGUAUAUAUCUAGAUUAGAGAAUGUUUUCCGCGGAAAUCUAAACAAACAUUCGUUUGUCUAAAAACGCCUAACAAAAGGGGAGAUCAAGUCACUGAAAAUUUGGGAAAAAACACAGGCUGAAUGAGAAAGCGUUAUAACACACAACGAAGAAGAUAUUGGCUUCUUACACCGCUUGUAAAUAGCAAUGGUACUUCCUCAUUGAACGGUCUAGCACAAUUUGUCUAUGAGACAAAUACGUAGGAUUGACGUAGGGACUUUGUAAACAAGUUGUGGCAAGCUUGUCAUUCUGUCAACAAGGUUGAUAUCGUCACAACCAUAGAAACAUUAGACAGCAUAAGUCGGCCUUUUUUCGUGUGUGUGAUAGUUGAGAUAUACAAACGACGGUGGUAUUUUUCACUACGGGUAUCACUGGGAAAAAUUAAAUUUUAUAGAGAAAUAUUUCACAUGACAAAUAUGUAGUGAAAAUAUAGAGAUAUUGUAAACUGUAUUGCCUGUUGUACGAAGUCCGUUUAGCUUCAACGUUGCAAGUGAAAAGGAGAUGAUGGUGAGUUUCACUUGAACUUGCUGCUCUGAGCCUAACCAUCAUAUGAACCAAUCUUGCUUCGUACACCAGCUAUAUAGAUGCACAAAUUAUUUACAUUUAAAAUUAACAUGAAUAUUAAUGAUAUUAAAUUUGUAUAUAGGUGACGCAUAUAUUUAUUUAUUUACAAUA